AUUCACAACAAAAUUAGUGAGUUUUAGUUAUAUAUAGAGAGAAAGUAUGGACGUAAGUAAUGUGCUACACAUGAAUGGAGGAUUUGGAGAUAACAGUUAUGCAAGCAACUCAGUAAUUCAGCGAAAAGUGAUGGCCAUGACUAAGGCAAUAAUAGAAGAAGCAGUUACUGGAGUAUAUGGGAACAUGUUCCUCAAGACUAUAUGCAUAGCAGAUCUUGGUUGUUCUUCUGGGCCAAAUACUUUGUUCGUGGCAACUGAGGUUAUGAAAACAGUGGACAAAAUAAGAAGAAAGUUUGGUCAUAAAUCAUCGCCAGAAUUUCAAAUAUUCUUGAACGAUCUUCCUGGAAAUGAUUUUAACUCCAUUUUUCGAUCCUUACCACGGGUUCAAGAAGAAUUAAGAGAUGAAAUGGGAUCUGAAUUUGGACCAUGCUUUUUCACUGGGUUGCCUGGUUCAUUCUAUAGCAGGCUUUGUCCUAUUGGAAGUCUACAUUUUGUUCAUUCUUCCUAUAGUCUUAUGUGGCUAUCUCAAGUUCCUAAAGGGGUGGAGAUGAACAAAGAAAACAUAUACUUGGCAAGUACAAGCCCUUCAAGCGUGAUCCAGGCAUACUAUGAGCAAUUUCAAAAAGACUUCUCAAUGUUCCUAAAGUGUCGUUCAGAGGAAUUAGUGAGUGGGGGGCGCAUGGUUUUAACAAUUUUGGGAAGAAAAGGUGAUGAUCCUACUAGCAAAGAAUGCUGCUACAUUUGGGACCUCUUAGCCAUGGCACUUAAACAAAUGGUUUACGAGGGACUCAUAGAACAAGAGAAGCUAUACUCUUUCAGCAUUCCUCAGUACACGCCUUCCCCAUUUGAAGUGAAGGCAGAGGUUGAAAAGGAAGGAUCAUUCGCCAUUAAUCAUCUAGAGGCUUCUGAAAUCAACUGGGCUGCCUGCGGAAAUAAAUUCAACUUGCCUCAUUCUUCCAAUGACGAUGGAUACAAUGUAGCGAAAUGCAUGAGAUCAGUAGCGGAGCCUUUGUUGAUGGAUCACUUUGGUGAAUCCAUAAUGGAUAAACUAUUUCUUAAGUAUGGGGAAAUUCUUAGUGAUUGCAUGUCCAAAGAGGAGACGAAAUUUGUAAACGUCACCAUUUCUAUGACAAAAAAGGAAUGAACAGAUGGAAAGUUCGAGUAUUUGAUUACUAAGCGACCAAACUCUGUGGCUUUAAUGCAUCUACUUUCAAGUUUGUUACUAUGCUCUUAAUUAGUGUGUGAUAGGUCCAAUGAUGUUUCAGUAUCAGCAAAUAUAUGAUUGUCUUCUAAUGUAAGAUGUGAUUUACUACAGAAUUGUAUUCAUUAUCCUUCAAAUGUAAGUUGUAAGUUGCUAUUAUUUUACAUUAUUUCACCUUGGUA